GACCCUCCAUCUCCUCCUUUGUUGAACCCCUCAUUCCCUUCAUUUGUCUGCAAGCCCUUUCUCUCACACACGCACAUACAAAGACAAAAUCAAGAGCUUAGGGUUUGCACUUAGUGAUGGUGGUCGAGGACGAAAUGAAAAAUGGAGCGCUUGCAGAUUCUCCGACGUCAGUUUUAGAAGACGAGGACAUCUGCCAGGAGAAGCUUGGAGUCAAGUUGGAGGAAGAAAUACUUAUUGGGGCAAAAAAUGGAGAUUCUUCUCUUAUAUCAAGAGCUAUGGCAGAGGAGGAAGGAAAGUUGUUGGAAGCACGGGUGAAGGAGGAAGAAGAAGAAAAGGCAAAUGAACCUGAAUUGGUGCCCAACUUGAAUGAUACCCAGUUCACUAAAUUGGAUGAACUUCUAACACAAACCCAACUUUACUCGGAAUUUUUGCUGGAAAAAAUGGAUGACAUCACAAAUAAUAAACUGGAGGAAGACAAUGAAUCAGUUACAGAGAAAAAGAAAGGUCGUGGUGGGAAAAGAAAAGCCGCAACAAAUUACAACAAUAGAAAGGCCAAGAGAGCUGUUGCAGCUAUGCUAACAAGAUCUCAAGAAGGUGCUGCUUCUGAAGAUACGGAUCUUACCCAGGAGGAGAGAGCUGAGAAAGAGCAGGCUAAACUUGUACCGUUGUUGACUGGUGGAAAGUUGAAGCCUUAUCAGAUUAAAGGUGUCAAAUGGUUGAUAUCGUUAUGGCAAAAUGGACUGAAUGGGAUCCUUGCAGAUCAAAUGGGGCUUGGAAAGACGAUUCAAACUAUUGGUUUCCUUGCACACUUAAAAGGGAAGGGCUUGGAUGGGCCCUAUUUAGUCAUUGCUCCUCUUUCUACCCUCUCUAAUUGGGUGAAUGAGGUCUCCAGGUUUGUGCCCUCGGUGAAUGCAAUUAUCUACCAUGGUAAUAAGAAAGAAAGGGAAGAGAUAAGGAGGAAGCACAUGCCGAGAACAAUAGGCCCUGACUUUCCCAUUGUGAUAACUUCAUAUGAGGUUGCAUUAAACGACGCAAAAAGGAACUUAAGGCACUACAGUUGGAAAUAUAUCGUGGUCGAUGAGGGGCACAGACUGAAAAACUCGGAAUGCAAACUAUUGAAGGAGCUGAAACACUUACCCGUUGAAAAUAAGCUUCUGUUAACUGGGACACCUUUGCAGAACAACUUGGCAGAGCUUUGGUCAUUGUUGAACUUCAUUCUGCCUGAUAUAUUCUCCUCUCAUGAGGAAUUUGAGUCAUGGUUUGAUCUGUCGGGGAAGGGCAGCAAUGAAGCCAUGAAAGAAGAUUUUGAGGAAAAGAGAAGGGCACAAGUGGUGGCAAAACUCCAUGCUAUCUUGCGUCCUUUUCUCCUUCGAAGAAUGAAAGCUGAUGUUGAACAGAUGCUACCUCGAAAAAAAGAGAUUAUCUUAUAUGCUGCUUUGACUGAACAUCAAAAGAACUUCCAGGAUCAUCUGGUCAAUAAGACACUGGAAAAAUAUUUGCUGGAGAAGGUGGACACUGGACGUGGUAUUAAAGGAAAGCUUAAUAAUUUGAUGAUUCAACUUCGGAAGAACUGCAAUCAUCCUGACCUCUUAGAGUCGGCAUUUGAUGGCUCUUAUUUUUACCCGCCUGUAGAACAGAUAGUUGAACAGUGUGGCAAAUUUUGCUUGCUGGACCGCUUGCUGGUGAAGCUGCUUGGUCGUAAGCACAAAGUUCUGAUCUUUUCCCAGUGGACUAAGAUCUUAGAUAUAAUGGAUUAUUAUUUUAGUGAAAAGGGCUUCGAAGUUUGUAGAAUUGAUGGCAGUGUGAAAUUGGAUGAUAGGAAAAGACAGAUCCAGGAGUUCAAUGAUGUGACCAGUAAUUAUAGAAUAUUUCUUCUCAGCACCAGGGCCGGUGGGUUAGGAAUUAAUCUUACCGCAGCUGAUACCUGCAUUUUAUAUGACAGUGACUGGAAUCCUCAAAUGGAUUUACAGGCAAUGGAUCGAUGCCAUAGAAUAGGUCAGACUAAGCCAGUUCAUGUUUACAGGCUUGCCACAGCUCAAUCUGUUGAGGAAGAGGAUCUGUUGGCGCUGCUCCAAGACAAUGACGAUCCUGGGGACAAGCUGAUCCAGACACAGAUUAGUGAUGAAGAUUUAGAGAGGGUUUUGGAUCGCAGUGAUCUGAUUCCUGGUCCAUCGAAAGAAGAUGGAAAGCCAGAUACUGAUGCUAGUGUGUUCCCCCUUAAAGGACCUGGCUGGGAGGUGGUGAUACCAACUGCAACUGGAGGCAUGCUUUCCACUCUCAACAGCUAAUGGCCUGUUGGGAAUUGGUUGUAGGAAUUUUGGCUGUAGAGGGAUUUUGGGCUAGUCUUUUUUUGGGGUUGACAUAUUUUGGGUGUUAAUGAGUAUGUAAUGGUUUGACGAGCUCAAGAAUGUCCGGUGGGGAAGUUUUCUUUCAUUUUGUUUAACAUUUGGAAAGAACUUGUUCUCUACCAAGGUAAAUCUUCAAUUUUGGAAGCACUGGUGUAUUUUGUUAGACCAAUUAUGCACUUCCUAUGUAAUCUGGAUUAUCCUAAGAUUCUUGGUACGUAUAUGGUGUUAUGGCCAUUGAAAACAGAGAAUUCAGUGUACGAGAUUCUGUUUUAGUAUUUAGGGUUUUGAUGUGCACAAUUUGAUCUUGUAUUCGGC